AUGAACAACUCUAGGAAACCUCAUGAUACCUGCACCUCACCUACAAGGGACUUCACUCACGGUGAGGCAGUGUACUGUCCCUUCCCAACAGUCACGUCUGCCUUCUUCCACCAUGCUGCCACUAUCCCCUCAGUCAAGGCCGUCAGAGACCUGUCUUCUGGCAUCGAGAGGGUGCUUACAUACCGGGAGCUAGCCAUCCAUGCCCAAUCACUUGCUGCGCGGCUGCGAAGGUUGGGCGUGGGCCCUCACCAAACCAUCCCGCUGGUUGUGAAGAGAGGGGCUGAGAUGGUGAUUGGCAUAUUAGCCAUAUUAUCCUGUGGUGCGCAGUACGUGCCUCUGGAUGGUGGUGUAGUCCCGGAUUCUACAAUCAGACUUGUUGCAGAGCAGUGUGGCGGCCAGACUGUGGUCUGUAUAACAUCAACCGAGGGACGCAUCAGAAAGCUCCUGCCCACGCUGAGCCCCGUAGUGGUCGAGCACACUCCAAUUGAGGACGAGAAAUAUGAGACCCCCGAGUCUUGGGUUGAUGCCGCGUCCGCCGACUCUGGAUGCUACGUCAUUUACACUUCUGGAACCACGGGCAAGCCCAAGGGUGUGGAUGUCACGCAUAAAAACGUAACCAACCUUGUGUGCCUGUCUCCUGGUGGGUUGGGCAUCCGGCCGGGAACGGCAGUUGGACAAGUUCUGAACAUCAGCUUCGACAUGGCCGCUUGGGAGAUUUUCUCAUGUCUUUGCAAUGGUGGCACACUUGUCCUGAGAGGCUCCAAGUGGGAGCGUACGUAUCGGAAACAAGCAGCUUGGCUGACAGCAGCGUUCCUGUCUUACCAGAUUGACGUAUUCAUUUGCACACCCACGAUUCUGUCAAAGUACCACCCCAAGCUACAUCCCAACAUCAAGGUUGUCGCAACCGCUGGAGAAGCUACCUCGCAGGAUCUGGCCGAUCUCUGGGCAACUCAUGCAACAUACUGGAACUGCUGCGGACCAACCGAAACAACCAUUGUCAACACAAUGUCCAAGCAUGUCGCUGGCGAGCCUAUUUCCAUUGGCCGCCCGACUCCCAACAACUCGGUUUAUAUUCUAGACAAUGAUGGCCGAGCCGUACCUGUGGGUGUGGCUGGUGUGAUGUGGGCAGGCGGCCACGGUGUGACUCGUGGCUACGUGGGGCUCGAAUCCAAGACAAAGGAAACCUACAUUCCAGAUCCCUUUGCAAAUGACGGAUCCAACAUGUACUGCACGGGCGACCUGGGGAGGUGGAGAGAAGAUGGGAACAUUGACAUCUUGGGCAGAGUCGACGAUCAGGUCAAGGUCAAGGGUUUCCGAGUGGAACUGGAUGGAAUAUCGUCUUCUCUGGCUUCCGCGCCUGGAGUUACCCGUGCAACCGCCCUUCUAAUCGAGGGAGACAUCCAUGGGUUCACAACGCCAUCCGGCCAGGACGAGGAAUCGAUCCUCGCUCACACCAAGAAAUUGCAGCCGUACUAUGCCAUUCCGUCCAAGCUUCACCAACUGCAAAUGUUCCCCACCACCGCCAAUGGGAAGAUUGACAAGAGCGCUCUUCGUCUCAUGGCUCUUGCGCCUGAAUCAAGGCACGAGACAGAGAACUACGACGAGGAAGCUGCAAUCGGCAGCGACCAGAGCACCCUGGCCGAGAUCAGGUCCAUAUCGUCCUCGUCCACACUGACAGAGCUGGAGAAGCCCAAGCUCGACCUUUCGAGAGACAUUCCGGAAAAGAAACUGCCGAAACACUUGCGAGGGUUUCGAUACCGGAUUGCCAUUGUUUACCGAUUUCUCUUCAGUCUUGUCGGCCUGCUCAAUAUCGGCGCCCUUGUCGCCCUGCUGCUGGUCAAGCCGGGGGCGGAGUGGCUCGCCACCCUGACGGCGGCAAACUUGGUCCUGGCCGUCCUGGUCCGCCAGGACGUCGUCAUCAACGUGCUGUACACGGUGACUUGCUCUCUCCCCAAGACGGCUCCCUUGUGGAUGCGAAGGCGCUGCGCAAAGAUUUACCACCUGGGUGGUGUUCAUUCCGGCGCCGGAGUCUGUGCCACCUCGUGGCUUCUCGGGUCCACAUUCCGGUCGACAGUCGCCUACACGCAGAAUAAGACGAAUGAUUCCAUCGCGACCCUCAUGGUCUCAUGGAUGCUGUGUACACUGUGCUGCGGCUUGGUGGGAUUCGCCCAUCCUACAUUCCGCAAGAGGUACCACAAUCAAUUCGAGGCAAUUCAUCGGUUUGCUGGCUGGUCAGCGCUGGCCCUGUUCUGGGUGCGCACCAUGUUCUCGGUGCGAGACGUCACGCCUGCCGGCGAAGACUUUGGGCUUGCUCUCGUGAGGACGCCGGGGUUCUGGAUGCUCGGCGUGGCCACCUGCAGCGUCGCCUCCUCGUGGUUCUGGCUGCGCAGGGUGCCCGUCAAGGCCGUUCCGCUCUCCGACCACGCAGUCGUUCUCUCAUUCGACUACACGGUUCCCGUCAACGGCAGUUUUACGAGAAUCUCGAGGCGCCCGCUUUUCGAGUGGCACUCGUUUGCCACGAUCCCCGCGCCCGAGCCAUCUGCCAUGACGGAGAAGCCCGGCUAUUCUCUCGUCGUUUCAAACGCCGGAGACUGGACCAAGGAUUGCAUCCGCAACGCCCCUACCAAGCUGUGGGUGCGUGGUCUGCCCACGUGCGGCGUCAUGAGAAUUGCCACCCUGUUCAAUCGCAUUGUUGUCAUCGCCACUGGCUCCGGAAUCGGCCCUCUUCUUGGUCACAUUGGCCAGCCCAGCUGCCCGACUCAGCUCAUCUGGUCAGCUCCCAAUCCCGAAAAGACGUUUGGCAAGAAAGUUCUCGACACGGUGUACGGCUCCAUCCCAGACGCCAUCAUUCACGACACCAAGCAACUGGGCCGCCCGGAUCUGGUCAAGAUGGGCUACAACCUCGUCAAAGACUUCGGAGCCGAAGCUGUGAUUAUCAUUGCAAACGAAAAAAUUACCAAAAAGGUGGUUUACGGCCUCGAAACACGAGGAAUCCCCGCAUAUGGCGCCAUCUGGGACAGCUAG